UAGGAAGUUGAGGGAACAGAAAAUGAAAGCAUGUGUGAGAACAUUCCUUGUUUCGUUUCUAAUCAAGACAAAGACUUAGUGUCAGCUUAUGAUAAUAAUAACAUUAUUAUACCCUCUUCAGUGAGAGAAGAGCGGUUAGUAAAUGGUCACGACCUCCUAUAAAGCCAUGCUCCUAGCUAAGGAACAGCGGUACGAGAGCAAAGAAGGAUGCAAGAGCCGUAAAACACUUCUUAAAUCUAAAGGAGAAAACAGGCCGAAAUAGUUAUAACUUCCACACUCGUCCUCAACGUUGGGGCCACAGUUUCUGAGUGAGGGGGCAGAUCGGGGGGCGGCUGGAGGGUGCUGAGCUAUGGAUGUGUUCCGCUACGUUCCAUUCCGUUAUGGAGGUUAUGCCUUUGUAAUGGGAGAGAUGCUGUACAUCCGCGCCGUGGAAGAUGGUCCGCCCGACAUGAUGGCUAUAACGAUCUUCUACAUGGCUGGUCACACCGUGUACCUCACGGCUCUGGCUGCUGUGGAUACUCGACAGCGGUCUGUGUGGAGACAUGAGAGAACAGAACCCAGUACGUCGCUGGCUGCCUGUAGCCGCGGCCAUAGCCUUUAUCCCGCUCUGUGGGCCCUUCCUGGAUCUCUCGGUCGACUUCUUUCUGGAAAGCCUGCUCGGCACACACAGAUACCUCUGGAACAUCUGACACACUACUACUACUAGUCUAUAUAUCACACACUUACCCC